AUGGCUGCUUAUUUAAUUACCGGUGCUAACAGAGGAAUUGGUUUAGCUAUCCUUGAACAAUUAUCCAAAGAUGAAAAGAACUUGAUUAUCGCAAGUGUUAGAAGUCAAUCAACUGCUGAUAAACUUCAAAAACAAUAUCCUAAAGUUAAAACCAUUGUAAUCGAUAUGGCUGAUUCUUAUGCUAAAUUCGAAUCUGCUUUCAAAUUGAUUGACCAAUAUAGUCCAGCUGGUAUCGAUUACCUUUUCGCCAACGCUGGAGUUUUAGGUGAAGAUCCAUUAUACAGUUCUACUCUCUAUGAUGUUGAACAAUAUUUAGAUGUUUUGAAUAUCAAUGUUGGAGGUGUUGCUAAAACUUAUAAAGCUGCUUACCCUUACUUAUUCAAAAAAGAUAAUGGUAUUACCAAAAAAGUAAUUAUCACUUCAAGUGUCGCUGGUACUACUGGUGGGUUUGUUUUAGGUGGUAACGCUUAUGGUGCUUCUAAAGCUGCUGUUAACCAUCUUGGUAAACAAAUUGCUGAAGAAAACAAAGGUAGUGAUAAUGAAUUAGUCAAGAAUUCCAUCACAAUCUUACAACAUCCAGGUUACGUUUUACUGGACAUGGGUGCUGAUGUUGCUGCUAAAGUUGGUAGUGAAGGAUUCAUUACUACUGAAGAAAGUGCCAGUAAAAUGCUCCAUCUUGCUGAAACUUUCACUUUGGCUCAAACUGGUGGUUUCUUCGAUGAAAAUGGACAAACCAUUCUUUUUUAG